AUGGCUCGCAAAUCGGGCAACACUGCCCCAGCAGGCGCAAACAAGAACGCCGAUAUCAGAAGCUUCUUCGGGGCCGGUCGUGCUGCUGCCAAAGCAUCGUCUGCCGUGACGUCCUCGCAAGUCUCUCAAAAUUCCGCAUCCCAAUCCUCGUCAGCAACCCAAGAGCUCCAAGAUUGCAUAUUCGCGAGCGCUCAGACGCGAGAUGUGAAGCCGCAAAGAAAGGCGGCCGUGAGCAAGAGUCUGUCUCCAAAGAAGACUCAUGACGAGAACACGAAUCUCAAGGCCGCUAAAUCCUCCGCUAAGAGAGGUCCUACUCCAACCGCCGGCCAACGGCCUGCCCUCACGGCAUCCAACCUUAAUACCUCCAUGUCAUCAUUAUCUGAACUUCAAGACACACCAGUUCUAUCCCCACCAAUGCGGCGAGUUAUUCGUCUAACGCCAAUACGGCAAAGAUCACAAAGGUCACGAUCCGGCACACCGAAAGGGACCGUCACUCCAAAGACGUUACGGUCAGGUCGAAGUAACGGCUCACCGCGAAAGGUUCGCUUCUCAUCACUACCAUCUUCGCCUCGGCUGUCUCCUGAGCCCGAGGAGCCCAUGACACCUCGACGGUUGUUGUUUGGACAAAGCCCGGGGAGGAAAACGGCUAGCGAGAGCCCACGAGGAUCGCCUCCAGCUGGCGAGCUCGCUGACUUACCCUCAUUGCAGAGAGGCAAGCUGCAGCGCACGCCCAAGCGCGAUAUCUCAGGGGAGCCAAAGGUUGAUGGAACACCCAACAGCUUGCCGUCACUCCCGAGUCUACCCAGCUCCCCCGCCCUCCCAUCAUCUCCACCAACAACAAAGAAGCGUCCGAUUCUCACAAGAGAUGCAGUCAUCAAAGGGUCCGACGACGAGGACGAUGACGGUUCUUUGUCUGAUGACUCCUUUCCAGAUCUCGACAUGCUCGGCCCCACCAAGCCAAGGCCAGAUGGAACGCCAAAGGCCAAGAGACGGGCCAGACUGGUUCACAAGUCGCCUCUCACCAUCCAGCCAAAGCACAAAUUCGACUUCAAGACAUUGGAUGCCCACUCGAGGAGGCACGAUGUGCUGUUUGAGAGCCCACGACGGCCAGCUGAGCCUGCACCUAAGGAUGAUGUUAUGGUGGAUACCGAAGAAAGUCCUAGCAAAGCUCGCCAGAAGCUGAUCGAGAUUGCUGGUGUCAAGACUGAGGAAGAUGCGGACAAGGCGCUCCGAGCUAUGGAGCGGACUGAUGCCGGUGCCUCAAGGACCAGAUGGUACUUCUUCAAAAAGGAUGUGAGCGGGCUAGGAGAACCUGCUCCGUUCCCCAAGAAGUAUGCAAAAGGCCCCUGGUCUUUCCUCGAAAAGCCCGGAACAAGAGACUGGCACAUCAUGUCCGGAAUGCCGAACAAUCUAGCCGUCAAUGUUAUGUUCCCAGACGAACUGUAUCUCUGGAUCUUGGGCAUGGUGACUGUUGAAAAGUUUGGUGUCCUUCGGGGGGAAUACAGCAAGAUUGCCACUGCCAACGACAAGCAGGUCAAGCGCCUGAUCACGCCUCAACUGCUGGAAGAGAGCCUGAGGAGAUUGGGCGCCGCGGAUUUUGUCGGGGACGAGGUACUCCGGCCCGUACGAGAAAGUCGAGAUAUCUAUGCCGAUCGCGACUGGGAACCUCUCCAGUCGUUCUUGGAAUGGAUGGCCUACGUGGCCCAUCAUCUGACAUACGAAACGGUCGCGUACGCUGUUAAGAUACUCUUGCGCAUGGCGGCUGACAAGAUGGUCCUCGAGAACGUGGACGUUCUCAUGCAUCAUCAGAAUGCCUUGGCGGCUUUGGUCGAUACAGUCAAGGACAGUGUCUGGAACGAAUUUUGUACCGAGAUCUGCUCGUCUCUGUAUCACGGAUUCGACAAGACAUCGCUGCGGAUGUUGCCGCUCAUCUGCAUGCCCGUCACUUCGCGGAAGCUGCACGAACUGCGGAGACGCCUGGCGGUCGCCUUUUUUCUCCGAGACGCUGCUCUAGCCAACGAGCACCCUGAUGAUGUUAUCAGCCUUCGCCUCGUCAUUGCUCGGGUUAAGGACAGCGACUUCAAGAUCAACAACAAGACCGAUUACGUCAACCUAAAGGCUUUGGUUCAGCUCCUUGACAUGGCAGUGGACGACGGGGCUUUUGCGCGUGACGACGAGGACUUAAUUUACGAAAAGGAGUUCAAUGCAGAUAUUGACGAUCUCGCGAAGCGUCUCAAGGCCAUCUGGCGAGGCAUCAACGACACUGGAGCUGCGAAUCUAGCCCGUACAGAGGCCAAGAGCGUGCUUGAAUGGGUUGGCGAGCGUCUGACAUACUCGGUGAGAACCAAACGCCCUCCAACACAAAGCAUAUUUGGAGAACAAGGCCCGUCGUCGGCCAAGAAGAGGCGUCAACAAGACUUUAUGCAAAAGUUUGUCCGCUCUCGAAAGAAUAAGCCGUCUGAGAUGGACACCGGCAUCGAACCCGCAUCAAGCGAGGAUGAGACUUUCGUUACAGCAAUAGGUUGA